AUGCAUUUCCUCAGCAUUUUUGUUCUAUCUUUUGUAGCAGUCGGCUAUGCUACGCCUCUGGCAAUCAGGCUGGACAACACCGAGCCUCCAGAGAACGCCACAUACGUUCAGUGCCAUGAAGGCACCACGGACCCCAUCUGCCUCAAGAUUCGCGGACCAUCAUCCGAUGUCAUCACCGAGAUCGUUCAUUCUGACGGAACGGUCGAGGUGCACCGCAACAAAUACACCCGCGAGCAGCUAAGAGACAUCCGUGACAAGAACAACGUCAAGAGCGUCAAGCACAAGCCUGGCCACGCUACGCGAGAUGAAUCUGCCGCAUUCGUCAACGACCUCACGAAGAGGGACACCCCGCGACUCUGUAAGAGCGAAACCCAGCGGUGGUGGGAUCAGAAUGAAUGGGGCUACUGGUACCAAGCCUGGCACCAAGUUGGCAACUGCUUCUACUGUAAUCAGUGCACCGAAGCCAUUGCAGUUGGCUUCUCUGUUUCCCAAACCUGGACUGUUGGGUUGAGCCUCAAGUUCGAGGAAGUCAUUGAAGCAUCUUUCGAGUUCACCUGGGGCGAGACGCAUACUUUGACUGAUACCCGAACAUGCAUGUGGAACAACGUUCAGUCGGGAUGCCAUUCCAUUUGGUACCAGCCCUUGAUGUCUUAUCACAAUGGAUACGCGAAUUAUCAGACUCAUACGCACUGUCCCGCCGGCCAGGGCCAAGGAGCCUCGGAUACCUAUUACGAUCAUAAUUAUGCGUAUGCCAACGUCAAUCAGAUCGGUAACAAUAAUGGUGUCAACCAGGGUAAUCUGGGAUGUGACAGUGGUUGUCAAGGUGACGAUCACAGGCAGUGUCAGUAUGGAAACAAUGGUGGUUCUCUCUGGCCCAAUCCAAACUAG